AUGGAGAGGGGCAAUCACACGGUGACCGAGUUCAUCCUGCUAGGCUUCACAGCAGACCCAGUGAUGCAGCAGGUGCUGUUCGUCCUCUUCCUUGGAGUAUACUCUGCAACCUUGCUAGGAAACAACAUCCUCAUCAUGCUGAUCUGCAAUGAUGUCCGGCUGCACACACCCAUGUACUUCUUUAUUGGAAAUCUGUCUUUCCUGGACCUAUGGCUGUCCUCAGUCUACACCCCGAAGAUCCUAGUGACCUGCAUCUCUGAAGACAAAAGCAUCUCCUUUGCAGGCUGUGUGGCCCAGUUCUUCUUCUCCGCUGGGUUAGACUACAGUGAGUGCUACCUUCUGGCCACCAUGGCCUACGACCGCUACAUGGCCAUCUCAAAGCCCCUGCUGUAUGCCCAGGCCAUGCCCAUGAAGCUAUGUGUGUUUUUGAUAGCAGCCUGUUAUCUCGGAGGCUUUACUAACUCUUCCAUCAUCACCAAGAAGACCUUUUCCUUUGACUUCUGCAAUGACAAUGUCAUUGAUGACUUUUUUUGUGACUUGCUUCCCCUAGUGAAGUUGGCCUGUGGCAGGAACGAGGGCACCCAGGCUCUGAUGUUCUUCCUCCUGACCUCCAAUGUCAUCACCCCCCUUGCCCUCAUCCUGGCCUCCUACCUCUUCAUCAUCGCUGCCAUCCUGAGGAUCCGCUCCACCCAGGGCCGCCGCAAGGCCUUCUCCACAUGCUCCUCCCACCUCAUCUCUGUCACCCUGUACUAUGGCUCCAUCCUCUACAUCUACUCUCGCCCCAGUUCCAGCUACUCCCUUGAGAGGGACAAAAUAGUUUCCACCUUUUAUACCGUGCUGUUCCCCAUGUUGAAUCCUUUGAUCUACAGUCUGAGGAAUAAGGAUGUGAAAGAAGCUCUAAAUAAACUUUUCAAAUAA